GGGGGGGAAAGAGUGCGUGUGGGGGAGCAGGGAGUGAUCUUCCUCUCCUGAAACAGCGAAUGGUGGAAAUUAAUCCGAGCGGGAUUCCCGAUGGGACAGGAAGUUGAACAAACAUUUCAAUGUUAUAGAGGCUGCAGAUAACCUGGCGAAGGCUCAGCUCAAGAUUCUCCAGAUUAAACUCUGAAGCACAGCCGCCCUUCCACAGUUUAUAAUGUUAACGCCCUCAAAAUUCUCGUUGAAAAUCUUACAAAAGGGAAGCGGAGGUGACAUCAAAUAGAAACUGAAAGGCGCUAUCACUGCUCCUUGGUGUCGCCCUUCCCGAAUUUUGGAUUUUUCUUUCUGGGUACAACACAUUAUUCUUGCGUCUCCUGACACUGGAUUUCUGGAAUGUUUCUUCUGCUCUGGAUUCUCGUUUGGAUCUUUCAUGUGGUUACUGCAGAAGCGGUGACAGAUUUUGCAGUGACAGGACCACCUAACGCUAUCAUAGGGGUUGUCAAGGGAAACGUGGUCCUGGAUUGUCAGUUGGUGCCAGCCAAAGCCCCAAAGAAUAUGGAAGUCCGCUGGAUCAAUACAGUCAAUGGCUACAACUCACCUGUCCACAUGUACAAGGAGGGAGCAGAUGAUUUGACAUUCCAGCCUUUGGCCUACAGAGGCCGGACUGAACUGUUUCUCAAUGAAGUGGCGCAAGGGAAUCUCUCCCUCAGGCUCAAGGAUGUCCAAGUCUCUGACGGGGGACAGUACAAGUGCUUUGUGGCAUCUGAUGAAAAACACCAUGAGGUCAAACUCACGCUGAAUGUGGCAGGUACAGGCCGCCAGCCCAGGAUCGAGCUGGAGGGCCAAACGGGCGCUGGCAUCAGACUGGGCUGCAGAUCCGAAGGGUGGUACCCACAGCCGCCCGUCCUGUGGGUAGAUGGAGGUGGUGUGAACGUGACGGCCCAGCAGCAAACCACGUACCAGCCGGACCCUCAGGGGCUGUUCACUGUCAGCAACUCCAUCAAGAUCUCCAAGCACUCCCCCAACAAGUACACUUGUGUCAUUAACAAUGUGAUCCUGAAGGAGACACAGGAGGGUCACAUCCAGAUCGCAGAUUCCUUCUUCCCCGGUGUUUCCAGAUGGCUGACAGCGUUCUGGAUCCUGUUUGCUCUGAUUGUUGUAGCAGUUGCUCUCGCAGUGUGGUACCAUUGGAAAUUACAGAAUAAGAUUCAAGGCCUCAAGAUGUCUGAUGGUUUUCUUGAACAUGAAAGGCUGCUGGGUGACAUGGAGCAAGAGAAGAGAAAGGUGAAUGAAGAGUAUCAAAGACUGCACCAGGAGAUAGAGAACGCGAAGCAAGCAGGGAAAAAAGAAUGUGAAGAACUCCAGCAGUUGUACGAAAAGAAAAUGGCCAUCAUUAUUGCAGAACAUGAACAAUUUAAGAAACAAGUUGAUGAAGAGAGGGAGUCGGAGAAAGCAGAAUAUCAGAAGCUACGCACUGAAUUUGAGCAAUGGAGACCUCUGGUCCAGUCAGAGUGGAACAGGAUACGGAGCUAUGCAGCCCAUGUAAAGAUGGACCCUGAAACAGCCAACACAUGUCUGAUGGUGUCUCCAGACAGGCUGAGUGUGCAAGCCGGAGAUGCACAGGAUGUCCCCAACAACCCGGAGCGGUUUGACUCUGUCCCUUAUGUGCUGGGCGCAGAUGGUUUCACGGAAGGGGCCCACUACUGGGAGGUGAAGGUGGCUGACAAGUCCUACUGGGAUGUAGGUGUCACCAAAAGCUCAGUGCAGCGCAAGGGCAUGCCUGACCUGUGCGCCGAUGCUGGGUUCUGGACGAUUGGGAAGGAUGGUGAGCCAUAUGGAAUAAGUGAUGCGCAACGCUCCAAAGUCACGGUAACGACCAGUCCUGGAACGAUCGGGGUGUUCCUGGAGGUGGAGGCAGGAAGGGUGUCUUUUUUCAAUGCCGAUGACAUGUUCCAUCUUUACACAUUUCAAGUCAACUUCUCAGAAAAGGUCUACCCAUUCUUUUGGCCUGGCUGGGACAAGUCACCCUUAACUGUCUGUCCAGUCAAGAACUACUCUCUCUCUAUGCUGGCUGUUCCAGAAACUGCAGCAGAUUUACAUGUGACAGGACCAUUUGACCCCAUCAUGGGGGUUGUUGGGGACGAUGUCAUCCUGGACUGUGUGCUGAUCACGGCUGUAGCCCCAGAGAAUAUCGAAGUCCGCUGGAUCAACAUGGAAUAUGGCUACAACUCACCCAUCCACAUGUACACUGGGAGAGCAGACGACCUAACAUUUCAACCCUCAACCUACAAUGGCCGGACUGAGAUGUUUCUCGAUGAAGUGGCACAGGGGAAUCUCUCUCUCAGGCUUAAAGAUGUCAGCGUCUCCGAUAGGGGACAGUACCAGUGCUUCGUUGUGUCCAAUGACAAGCAUAGCGAUAUCACAGUGACCCUGAAUGUUACAGGUAUGGGUCAGCAACCCUGGAUUGAGAUGGAGGGCCAAAUGGGCAAUAGCAUCAGACUGGGCUGCAGAUCCGAAGGCUGGUACCCAGAGCCGCCCAUCCUGUGGGUGAAUGGAGAUGGAGUGAACAUGACGGCCCAGCAGGAAACCACAUACCAGCCAGACAAUCAGGGGCUGUUCAUUGUCAGCAGCUCCAUCGAGAUCUCCAAACACUCCCUGAACAAAUAUACUUGUCUCAUUCACAACGUGAUCCUGAAGGAGUCACGGGAGGCUCACAUCCAGAUUGCAGAUGUCUUCUUCCUCAAGUCAGAAGUGACGGUGAUACUCUUGAUCAUUGUUUCAUUUUUGGCUGGAACAUUAAUUUCUUCGUCAUGCUGGUGCUUUCAGCAUUUUAAAUCAAUAAAAGAGACCCGUAAGCGAGCAAGGAAAGCAGCUAAAAAGAAGAAAACUCAAGAAGCUAAAAAGAAGAAAGCUCAAGAAGAGGUUACGGAUCCGAAUGUUAUGAUAGCAUUGAACUGAUUUGCGAACUAUACAGCCCCUGUGAAAAUGGACUCUGAAACAACGUGAAUUUGACUGUAUCUCUAAACAGGCAAGAGUAUGAAAGGUGAACAGACAUUGAGUGAUGUGACAACCCAAAGUGGCCUUCUCCAUCUGCUUGCUGAGGCAACAUUAACAAGCAUAUUCAUUCAUUCAGCUCCUCAAGAUUGCUCUCAUGAUGAUCGGAUGUAACCUCAAAUUCAAAUUCUAGCUUGCUUCUGAUGACAUUUCACCAACCCCUCUACCCCCAUCUUGCUUAUGAAUCUAUCUCUCUGGUAAAAUACUUUGUGGACUCUGCUUCUCCAACCUUUUUGGGAAAAGAGUUCCAAAUACUCAUGUCCUCAGAAACAGAUGAUCCCCAAGUUUAGAAAUAGUGUCUCCUCUGGUUGUAGAGGGGAAGGUAAGAGCUGAGCAAUGUUAUUGGUGGAUUAGUAAUCCAGAGACAGCAGUAAUGUUCUGGGGAGUUGGUUUGAAUUCCACCAUAGCAGAUGGUGAAAUUGAAUUCAUUUUUAAAAAAAUCUGGGUUAAGAAUCUAAUCACAAAAAUGAAGCUUUGUUGAUUUUCAUUAAAAAAUCUGUUUCACUAAUGUUCUUUCGGGAAGGAAAACUGUUGUUCUUAUCUGAUCUGACCUCAAGGUGACCCCUGACUCACAGCAAUGUGGUUGACUCUCCUCAGCCCUCUGGGAAAUUCAGGAUGGGUAAUAAAUGCUGGCCUAGCCCACAUCCCAUAAAUGAAUAAUAAUAAAGUUCUUCCAUCAACCUCUGGAAAAGCUAAAUUUUUGGGGAGCUGUGGACUAAAAAUAGGAAAAGAAAUUUCUAAGUUUGUGUUUUUGAUUUUGGGUUAGUUACAUGCAUUUUGUGUAUGCCUGAAUUUAACAACUAACAUGUAAGUAUUUCUACAGCUUGGCAAUUUCUUUGAAAACAAUUUGUGACCACAACUUUGUCACAGUGCUAAUGGGUAUUUGUUUAUCUUGGGAUGUUUUAUAUUUUUGGAAAGUAAACCACUAUAUUUUAAGGAUUGUUCAAAAUACCUAGCCUUAGUUUUUAUUUACAUUUUAGGGGAAAUAACCAAAGCUUAGUGAGAAAGAUUUCUUUCUUCUGUACUACUUUGUUUUUGGGGCAAGUCUGUGAAGUGCUUGUAAAUGAGUGGUUGUACAGAACAGUGCUUCUGAAAAGGGGAGAAUAUCAUGAAACUAGAUUACCU